GCGCGGCGCUAAGAUGGCGGCGGCGGCAGCGGCGGCCGUGGCGGGGGCGGGGCGCGGUGGCGGUGGCGCGGAGCCGCGGCAGGAGCGGAGUCGGGCCCGGGGCUGGGUCGGCGUCGAACGCAGCGAAGGCCGGAGCAGGAUGGAACCAAGUGAGGAGCUAGAAGAGGAGGACUCUCCAGGUGGCCGUGAGGAUGGCUUCACCGCUGAGCACCUGGCUGCAGAGGCCAUGGCAGCUGACAUGGACCCCUGGCUAGUGUUUGAUGCCCGAACAACGCCUGCCACCGAGCUGGAUGCCUGGCUGGCCAAGUACCCACCAUCCCAAGUUACCCGUUAUGGGGACCCCGGUUCACCCAACUCAGAGCCUGUGGGCUGGAUUGCAGUGUAUGGGCACGGCUACAGCCCCAACUCCGGGGACGUGCAGGGCCUGCAGGCAGCCUGGGAAGCGCUGCAGACCAGCGGGCGGCCCAUCACUCCAGGUACCCUGCGACAGCUGGCUAUCACCCACCAUGUGCUCUCGGGCAAGUGGCUGAUGCAUCUGGCACCGGGUUUCAAGCUGGACCACGCCUGGGCUGGCAUUGCCCGGGCCGUGGUUGAAGGCCAGCUUCAGGUGGCCAAGGUGAGCCCACGGGCCAAGGAGGGUGGGCGCCAGGUCAUCUGUGUUUACACAGAUGACUUCACGGACCGAUUGGGUGUACUGGAGGCAGAUUCAGCCAUCCGUGCAGCAGGCAUUAAGUGCCUGCUCACCUACAAGCCUGACGUCUACACCUACCUGGGCAUCUACCGGGCCAACCGCUGGCACCUCUGCCCCACUCUCUAUGAGAGCCGUUUCCAGCUUGGGGGUGGUGCCCGUGGCUCCCGAGUGCUUGACCGUGCCAACAAUGUGGAGCUGACCUAGAGGGGCCAAACUGAGGAGACUGCCUUCUGCCUCCUCCAUGCUGGGGAUGGAUCCUCCUGUCUUCCUCCUUAUCCCAUGAAGGCCAACCCUCCAGCUCUGGGGACUAGAUCACUUGGGAACGACCUGCAUCUUCAGUCCGCUUGAACUUCUGCCCUCUGUUCAGGGCUGGCUCAAGCCCCCACAGGCUGGGGCACUCCAGUUCCCGAGGGACGAACCCUCAGCCUCCCUUUUUAAUGCUGCUCCUCUCCACUGCCCAGGACCAGGGUUUGGGUGCAGACACCUAGGAGAGCCUUCCUUGGCCACGCUCAUCCCCGCUAUACCUCCCCUUCCUCCUGCAUCUCCCCUUCUCUCCUUCCCCCUCACAAGGGAGAAAACAGUGCUUCCAGCCCCUGUCCUUGGAGCCUUCAUGGUCCAGAGGGUAGGGGCCCCGCUGGCCUGAGCAUGCCAUUUUGGGGGGAGGGUAGUUGUGCCUACUCAUCCCCUGGCAGAGGGAAUGCCAGGGCCAUGGACAUGAGACCUGCUCAUCCCUGCCAACUCACACAGCCUACACCACCACUGUCCCCCCUUCCUUGCCUACUUUGACAUGUGCCUGCUCCUGGCAUUUCAAUAAAACCCAUCUUGGGUCUGUGUCUUGAGUGUUUUUUAAAA